CUGGAUCGGGAAGGGAUGCGGGUGUCGAGAUCCUUCUGGAGGGGGCUUUGGGGAGGACGGGAGGCCGAGAUGCACCAGCCGCUACUGCCCCUCAGACUCUGUCCUCCUUCUUCCUACCUUCCCCCUUGCAGAAGUUCCGGGACGUGGGGCCGCUCAGGGGCCGAGCAUAUGUGACACUUGGCCUUUCCCGGUGGCUUCCACACUCUCCCGUGCUCUCCCCCCACUCCUUAUGCUGAGCUCCUGCCUUCCAGAUGUUUAUUUUCAUCAGUCUAUCGCUUCUUGCCUGGAAUAGGGUACUCGGAAGUUGGAGACGGAUUCCAAACCUUAACCCUACUACUUCUGUGUUAAAAGCCACAAUAUUACUUCUACUGGCUUCUGGUCUUAAGGAUCAGUAUGACACCAAUAAAAAGAAAGGAGAUGGAUGUCUGUUGAAUUCCUGCAUGGCCAAGUACCGAGCAAACUACUGCCCCAUCGAAUCCUCAUUACUUGGUGUUUUUAGAACUUCCAGUUCACAUCUUAACCUCGCUAGAGAGCAGCAAGACGGAGUCAUUGUUCAUUCCUACUUAGCAGGUUAGCUUAGCUCCAAAGUACGAUCUUUGACCCAAGACACUUCCAGUCUGGCUUCUGGCUGGACUGUUUGGCUGCCAAACCCCUGGCCUCAGAUCAACUACUUCCUCUUUUCCAGGCGAGAAUUCUUUUCAUAUCCUCUUUGCUAGUACAGAAGGCUGUCCCCUGCUUCUCCCUUGGUUAUUUUAGCAACGAAAUUGAGCAAGCAUUUCUUAAGUGCUCUAAGGAGGUGGACUUUUUGAGUACAGAAUCUUAGAUUUUGUUCGUUGCUCUGGCACCUCCUGUGUGUCCUUGAGCAAAUUAGUUGUCUUCUAGCUUUAGCUUGCCUUUGAGUAACAUGGGUGAGGGCCUUCUGACCUGUAGGCUCUUGUCCAGUUCUCCCUCACUGUCCUCCAGCAGGCACUCCGCGGAGGCCCAGACCCCUCUGCUCCCCAUGGGCAGCUGCCAGGCAGGGCACAAUCUGCAUCUCUGUCUGGCUCAUCACCCACCUUUGGUCUGUGCCACUUUGAUCCUGCUGCUCCUUGGCCUCUCUGGUCUGGGCCUCGGUGGCUUCCUCCUCACGCAUACAUCUGGCCUACGUAGCCCUGACAUUCCCCAGGAUUGGGUUUCCUUCUUGAGGUCUUUUGGCCAGCUGAGCCUGUGCCCCGUGAAUGGGACAGUCACAGGGAAGUGGCGAGGGCCUCACGUCGUCGGCUUACGUACUACUUUGAACUUCGGAGAUGGUCCAGAUAGAAACAAAACCCAAACAUUCCAAGCAAAGAUCCUUGGUAGUCAGAUAGGAUUGAAAGGGUCCUUUGCAGGAGAGUCUAUCCUCGUCACAGCCAGAGUGGCCUCAGGAAGAACUCCAGAGACCUGCCUCUAUUUCAGUGCUAUUCCAGAGACCCUGCCCUCUAGCCAACCACCUAUAUCCUGCUCAGAGGAGGGAGCUGGAGAUGCUGCCCUGAGCCCAGUGAUGGGUGAAGAGUGUGUCAGGGUCUGGAGCCACGAACGCCUCGUGCUCACCAAGCUCCUUACUUCGGAGGAGCUAGCUCUGUGCGGCACCAGACUGCUGGUCCUGGGCUUGGUCCUGCUUCUCUUCUGUGGUUUGCUCUGCUGUGUCACUGCUGUGUGCUUCCAUCCGCGCCCAGACUUCCACUGGUCUCGAACACGGCUUUGAGGGCACCGGCCU